AUGCAUUUGCUCAAUUUGCACAACCUAACUGUGAAGGAGAUCCCUGCAUUGGAGUUGGCACCAAUUGCCGUGCACGAAAUCGUGAUCGAAGUCUUGUUUGGCGCCUUAGAUCCCCAGAAGCUGAAGGAAGGACACGUGUCCCCUCCCACAUGGGAGGAGCUGGAGAAGCGGUUCACCACUCUUGAAAAGAAGCAAGAGGAUUUGACCAAGAGUGUCAAUGAGGACCAGUUGCUUUGGCACAUUUGCAUUCGCAGAUUCUAUGGAGAAUUGAACUUCUGGAACGCAUUGCUGCCUUGGAGCAGAAAGCCGCUACCGGAGGGACUGGAGGCCGCACCUGUGAAGCGUCCACAGCAGAUGGACGACUGCUUGCUGACGCUUCUGGCUUCACCUAUCGUGAUUCAUUUGCUCUUUAAGUUUACAGACUUCUUCAACCGUUCAACCCAGCUGUUCCACCGCAUGAUCCUCCGAAUUAUUGUCUUCCUGGGCGCCUCCAUAUGGUUAACAAAGGCCUCGUUGAAGACGAACUUCGAGGCCACCACCAGCGCUUUGAGGCUUCACAUGGCAGAGUCCUUUCAGCAGAUGAGGAUGCAACACUGGCUUGCCUGGAAGCUUUCUACCUUCAUCAUCUCGGUGAGCACAGGACUUUCUCGAACUACGCUCGCCUUGGCAGCGGUGAAUUUUGGCGUGCGGGUGCUGCCGGAUACGUGGACCUGGGACCUAACCACAUCAGAUCCCUAUUUGAAGCUUUUGGAUGCUGAUGGCAACGGUGAGCUGACGGCGCAAGAAGUCUUCGACUUCGUUUUCAGUAUAAGCAACCGAAUCUGGCAGGUCUGCAUGACCUCCCUGUUGGGUUUUUGCUUGCUAAGGUUGUUGAAGCCGCCAAGUGAUCAGAUACCCUGGAGUGAAGUGAAGGGGAGAAAAAGCAGAAGCAAGAACGCGCCCAAAAGUGCUGAUGGAAAUGAUGUACCAAGUACAAGUGCACAAAGUGUGCCGCUACCUCCUAUGUGCCAAGCUUUGUCCCGAGUCGUCUUUGCGAUGCAAAACCCGCGCAAUGCAGAGCUUCGGAUCCUAGCCCGACGUGCGGCCAUGGCGAGUCGCUUCAUCGACUUUCUGAUCAUCAUGGCAUUUUUUGUUUGGCCUUGGACCUUUCUCUUUGGCUUGAGACCACGCUUGAUCUUUGCCUUCGGUGGAGUGGGAGGCUUAGCCGUAGGCUUGGCCGCAAGGAAUGUGGUUGGGAAUCUCAUCGCCAGCUUUCUGAUUCAGCUGAACCGACCCUUUGUGGAAGGCGAUGAGAUUGAGCAUGCCUCAAAGAACCUCAUUGGAGUCGUCGAAGAGAUUGGGAUCAUCAACACUCACGUCAAUAGUCGAGACGGGGUUCUAGUGCAUGUGCCAAACACUACGCUGUUGGACGAUGUCGUGGUGAACAUGUCCAUGAGAGACUUUCGCACGAUUCUGGAGUCAGUUUACCUGGUUCCGGACAGCGUGGAAAGCCUCUCGCAGUUGGUCGAAGAUAUCCAACAUCGACUGGAUACUUUCGAAGGCUUGUUGCAGGAAGAAGAUGUUCAGCGUUUGCUACGACUACGAGGGGGUCGAAUCAAGCUCUUCCGUCCACUCUGCAUGUUCGAUGGUUAUUGCGAUCUAGGGCUAAAACUCACGAUUUAUGCCUUUGCCAAGGGAAGCCUCUCCCGCAGAGACUUUCAGCACUUGAAAAGUCGAUUGAUGUUAUCCGUCCACGACAUUGUGCUCUCUCAAGGAGUUCAGAUUGGGCAGCUUGCCACUUCUGAUGUACGGCGACGGCGCAAGACAACAAAUGUGGCGCCCAAACAGCGCAGCAGUGAGAAGAGCUCUGAAGGCAACGAUGACCUUUUUAGUUGA